AUGUCCGACAUCGCUCACCUCAAGUCUCUUUUCCGUUUCUACGACGACUAUCCCAAAAAGGGUAUUCGCUUCUGCGACAUUCUUCCCGUCCUUCGUGACCCUUUGGCUUUCGAGCUUCUCAUCACCAACAUUGUCUCGCACAUCUUUACCCACACCAUCCCUUUGCUUGACGACAACACUCCCGCACCGGCACAGUCUACCCCUCUCGAGCCCGGCGCAAAGUCGUACGGCAACCGCAAGAUCGAUGCUGUUGUAGGUCUCGACGCUCGAGGCUUCCUUCUCGGUCCCGUUAUCGCUCAGCGAUUGGGCUGCGGCUUCGUUCCCGUUCGCAAGGUUGGCAAGCUCCCCGGAGACUGUGUCCAAGCUUCCUACCAGAAGGAGUACGGAGAGGAUGUCUUUGAGAUGCAGAAGGAGGCUCUUGCCCCCAACUCGCGCGUUCUUGUCAUUGAUGACCUCAUCGCUACCGGUGGUUCGGCCAAGGCUGCCGGUGAGCUCGUCAACAAGUGCGGAAGCAAGGUCGUCGAAUACGUCUUUGUCGUCGCCAUUCCUUUCCUCAAGGGUGCCGAUCAGCUCGAUGCUCCAUCAUACCACCUUGUUGAGGUCGACUAA